UUCUCCUCCCACCUGUCUGUCAAGAUGGUUUCGUCGAUUCUAUACGUCCUCGCGGCCAGCACAGGUCUCGCACUCGCACAAUCCGAUAUCCCACUGUCCCAGCCUCUCCAGAAGAUCCUCGCUGGAGCUCAGAAAGGCGAGAACUAUACGUACCCAACAGAUCUGACGCAAGGCAUCAUCCCCAAGGCCAUUCAUUCUCACAACGAUUACUGGCGACCGAUUCCUUUCUACUCAGCCUUGAGCGUGGGAGCCAUUUCCGUGGAAGCAGAUGUGUGGUUGCAGAAUGGCACACUCUAUGUUGGCCACGAAGAAUCAGCCUUGACAGAGUACCGAACAUUCGACAGUCUCUACGUUCAGCCCAUCUUGUCAGUGUUGCGAGCACAAAAUCCGAAUUCGAGCUAUGUUUCCGAUCUGCCAACCAAGAAUGGAGUGUUUGAUACCAGCUCUGGGCAAACUCUGUACUUGUUCGUGGACAUCAAGACUGAUGGCGAGGAAGCAUUUCCAGAAGUCGUGAAAGCGCUGGAGCCACUGAGGUCUGCGGGUUAUUUGACAACAUUCAAUGGAACCGGAACAACGUCUGGACCUGUAACUGUUGUGGGGACUGGAAGUACGCCACUCGAUCUGGUUCAGAGCCAAAGUCCGAGAGACGUGUUUUAUGAUGCUCCACUGGCGACGCUCAACUCAAUCUCCAGCAAUAUCACUUCGGAUGUCUCAAAGAUUGCGAGCACCGCGUUCAGUGGCCAGUUCGGGACUGUAAGGAACGGAGUCUUGAAUGCGACUAGCCAGGCUUUGUUGGAGAGCCAAAUCGAGGUCGCACAUGGCAAGGGUAUUGCUGUUCGUUACUGGGAUCAGCCAAACUGGCCCGUGUCGAACAGAGAUGCCAUUUGGAGGUUGUUGUGGGCCGCUGGUGUUGACUUGAUCAACGUCGAUGAUUUGGAGGGUGCUGCCAAUCUGUAGAUAGAUUGUACCAGCAAACUGAAAGACCAGACUAGAUGCGCGCUC